UAAACAGACUGUACUCUGUGACAGUGACAGACGCCUGCUUGAUUCUCGAAAUAUUUCGUGAGUCAGGCACGCCUAAACAAAUAAUAAAUAAAAAUUAGGAUUUAAAAUUUUAAAAUUAUGUGUUCAAUUAAGUGAUAAACCGCUAAUAAAAUCAUUGGGGUGUCUUAGCCUCGAACCUAUUUUCGUUACCCUUGUUACCAUUUUAGUGAGAUUACUUCAGUAUUUUGGCGCGGUACCUACCGGUCCCAACUUUAGGAUCUCACUUUAGCUUAAUUGUGCGACAUUUUGUUAAGAAAAACCUGUGAUUCCUACUAUAGGUAGUCCCGGACAAUCCUGUGCAAUUAUUGUUAACAAUUUGCAGAUCCAAAAUGGCUCAUUUGGUCACCAGUGCCAUCGACAAAUAUCAUGAUAUAUUAGAAAAUAAAAGUGAUCCUAGAGUGAAUGAUUGGCCGAUGAUGUCCAGUCCCAUUCCUACCUUGGCGAUAUGCCUAUUCUACGCGUACUUCUCCAGGGUGUUAGGGCCAAAACUUAUGGAGAAUAGGAAACCAUUUAACCUUAGGAAUGUUCUAAUUGUUUAUAAUUUAGUACAAACGUUAUUUAGCACCUGGAUAUUUUAUGAGUAUUUGAUGAGCGGAUGGUGGGGAAGUUACAGCUUUAAAUGCCAGCCAGUAGAUUAUUCUUACAGUCCUAUGGCACUGCGAAUGGCCAGGACGUGUUGGUGGUACUACUUUUCAAAGUUCACGGAAUUUUUCGACACACUGUUCUUCAUUUUAAGGAAGAAAACUAGUCACGUGUCGACACUGCACGUGAUCCACCACGGAUGUAUGCCAUUCUCGGUCUGGAUGGGUAUGAAGUUUGCUCCAGGUGGCCACAGUACCUUUUUCGCUUUGCUCAAUACCUUCGUGCACAUCGUGAUGUAUUUCUACUACAUGGUGUCCGCCAUGGGACCGCAGUUCCAAAAGUACAUCUGGUGGAAAAAGUACCUGACCUCGUUCCAGAUGUUGCAGUUCGUAGCGAUCUUCGUGCACCAGUUCCAGCUGUUAUUCAUAGAGUGCGAUUAUCCCAAGUCCUUCAUGGUCUGGAUCGCGAUCCACGGUUUAAUGUUCCUAUUCCUGUUCUCCGACUUUUAUAAAGUCAAUUACAGUAAAAAGGAGAAGAAGGUUAACCAGGGAGCUUGUAUGCCCGUGGAUGAUGAUAUUGGAAAUGGCACCCAAAAAACAUCCAAUAGCAAUGGCUCAAUAAAGAACGACUAUAUCCAAAGCCAGUACUCCGACUCGUACUGCUACUCGAACGGCAGUACUAAAGGAUUCGUCGCGAAGAUCAUCGAGAAGCACAAUGAGAAGAAAAUAGAAUAAUGCAGGACAAUCCGGUUUAAAAUGAGUAAUAAUUUAUUAUAUUCUUUUGUUGUUAAAGCAGUUUAAACGUCCUGCUUUGAAAGCAAUACGCGUUUUUUCGGGUUUUGAGUGCUUUAGCAGCUGCACAGCGUCGAUUUUUAAUAAUUUUUAUCUGCCGGUGAACAAAGAACUAGGCGAAGUUAAUGAGGAACUACUUCGUCUUUGGUAGUGGUUAACUACCAGCGGGCUGUGAUUUGUGUAUCUUAUAUUUUCGUUGAAUCAGAAGUUUCGAGCCCAGGAGGAUAAAAUUUAUUAAACGCAGUGGUGGGUUAAUAUUGUUAUCAUUUUGUUUGGCCUAAGUAAGGUUAAAAUUAACUUUGAAUUUGAUUAUUUCACUGUUAAAAAUGCCUGUUGCAUAUUUAGUCAUUUCUAUAUGAAUCGACCAAUAAUACGAACCAAAUUUUCAGGAGAGGAGGCUUCCAUACAUUUUUUCUUUAUUUAUUUUUGCAACUCAACAGUCGAUCCCAGGAAAAGUUUGGAAGAUUUAGUUAGAUAUUGGGCCAAAUAAAACUCCAAGCCUUUACAAGCUUUUCAAUUUUUCUUAAUGCCAACUUUCCAGUCUAUAUUAGGCCUUCUGCAGGGCUCUGAAACAUUUAUAAAAUUUAAAUAUCGAUAUUAUUAUUCGUAUUAUCACUUGACAAUCACAAUUAAAAACUUUUAAAACAGUUAAAAUUGAUUAAUUAAAAGGUCUGGAAUGGUCAAUUAAAAUGGUAAAUAUACAGUUUUAAAUAUUAAGAAAAAAACAAUUUCUAAUUAAUAUUAUAUCUUUAUGCGACCUUAGUAAAACCAGAAUUAAAAUAUUUAAAUGUUUUCCUUGAAUUAUAGAAAGAAAAAGUUAUAAUUAAAAGAGAGGAAUACUGAAAUGUAUGUACUUAUACAAUCAUGAAGUGGAACAUUAAUACAACUUUAAGGUGGCCAUUGGGGGUGUAUUCCUAACAACCCAAACAUUAGUAUACAGAUAUACAAGUUAACCAAGUAAUAUCUUACACGGCAGUUCUGUAAUUAUACUGUAUUAUAUUAGAUGGUAAUGUUAUACGGGCUAUAUUUACAGAAUCUUGGAGUUUAAUUUUUGAAUUAUUCCAUUGAUUAAAUUUGAAUAUCAUGUGCUAACUUAUCAGUGUCUUGCUUUUUGUUAACGUUGUUUUUAUGUUUUUUUAUAUUUAUUUUCUGAAACUGAUCUUUUUUGCUUGUUUUGCCAAAACCGUCUUUUGACCGUAUUAAUAUUUUAAUAUAUUUACCAAUUUAAUUGACCAAUUUUAGACUUUUAAACUAAUCAAUUUGAAGUGUUAGUUUUUAAUUGUGAUUGUUAACUAAUAAUAGGGAUAAUAAUAAUAUCGAUAUAUAAAUUUUAUAAUUGUUGUGUAAAGCCCUGAAGAAAGCCUAAUAUAGGCCAAAACGUUGGCUUAAAAAAGAAAAAACGGCUUGGAGUUUUAUUUGGCCCUACAUUUAACUACACCCAAAAAAUCAUAAAAAUCCUUAUAUUCUCACUUAAACAGAUUUAUUUACCAAUUUAUUUCGCAUUAUUAUUAAUUUGGUUGUUUAAUUAAGUAUUUAAAAACUAAGUUUUAAAACAUAAGCUUUAUAAGAUAAAGUUGUUUUUUUGGCCAUUGUUUCUAUUAAUUCGGAAGGAUUUUAUUUAAUUUGCCAUCGGUAGUACACCAACCAUUUUUCUCGAAGAUACGAAACAAACAUUUAAAACAAACAAAAAAAACGUAUUUUGUGUCAGUCCGGAGAAUCAUCAGGCCUAAAAAAGUUUAAGGGUAAAAAGGGUUAAAAAUCCUAAAUACCUAAACAAGGAUCAACAAGACAUAUGUGUGUGGCUGAUUAAAUUAAUUCCUUAAGACCAAAUAAUAUAGAAAUAACCCAAUUAUAGGCCUUUUUUGAAAAACGAACGACGACUAUUCUGACAUUUUUUUUUUAAAGUACAUAUUUGGCAAAUAUUGUGACAUUAAAAAUACCGUUAAAGAUAAACAUGAGAAGACCAAAACUGUAGUAUUAGGAAAAGUAAAAAAAAAAUAUGAUACACAUUUAGAUGUCACAACUAGAUUAAAAUAAAUAUUUGCAUGGGUGAACUAAUAACCAACAAAAAUGAUUUAUGUUUAAUUCAACUUGAUUUUCUUUGCUUCUUCUAGAAGCUUUGAGGUGUGUUUUUCGAAAUAAUCUUUUAGAGUUAUUAGUAACUUGCAAAAGUGUUUUAAGCCCUGAUUUUUGUUUGUAUUACUGUAAACAACAUUAUACAUAUAUUUUUAAAUUUUAUAUUAUUAAUUUCCAUACCCUUCUAUAUUCUAUAGUAUGUAAUCCUUGAAUGCCUAUAUGAUUAAAAUAAAUGUAAAUGGUCAUGCAGAGUACCUUGGGGAUCUCAUUAUUAACAAAUUUGGAUUGUAGGUCAAUAUUUCUCGCAACAAAAUACUAAAAUUUAAUGCCACAUAAACUAAAAUACAUAUCAUAAAGUAAACAUAAAAAAAUAGAAAAUGUAUAAAAAGAAAGUUUCAACCAAAUAUCCAUAAAGUAAAACUAUUGUAAGUACAGAAAUAAUAGUUUACCCCUUUCUAGAACAGUUUGCACAUACAAAAGUUACUUAUUUUGGUAUCUAAUACACACAUUUUUACAUUUAAUACAUGUUAUAUUUAUAUAUAUUCUCGGAUGUUGGUAACACCUUCCGUUCUUUCUUAAAGGGUAAGUUUGUUCUAGUUCUUUAAUUGGUUUCCACGGUGUCAAAGAGCUGAUUUUACGUGUGACCUGUUAUUUACAUACGUUUGCAUAUGAUUUACAUAUACUGAUUUUGUUUUUGCCAUUCUGGACAUUUCCCAGUUCAAAUGAUAAAAAGAGCUAAUUUCAAACAUAUUCAUAAAAAAUUUGUAGGGUCAUCAUGUAGUUUCGACUACAUUAAUAUUCUCGUACAAGUUUAUCGGCGUCUCAACUCGUUUGAUUUUAUUAUAAUCCAACAUCAUAUGUUGUUUGACUAGAUAAAAUAUGGACUAUUUUAUUUUUGUUAGGUAUAUAUGAUACCAUCGAUAGGUCUUUGGUAAAUGCAUAGAUUAAUGAUAUGGAAGGAUAAGUUUUAUUGCUUAAAAAAAAUGGUGCCUUAUUUUUGCAAAUAGUACCAAGUAACUUAAGUUUCUUCGUCAAAAAGAGAUUUUCUAAUAGAACACUAGUGAAAAAAUAAUCAGUAGUAACUCCUCUUCUGCUGUUGCAGUAUGAUUAAGCUAAAUCAGAUACCACGCAAUAACCGCUUGGUCUUUAUUUGCUUUGCCUUCAGGAGCUGCGCAAGCAUAAGCUUGAAGAUUAGAUAAAUAUGACCUAGCAUCACCAGCUACCUAAAUUUGUAUGCCAUAUCGUCAACUUCCACGAAAGCAAACUAGUUGUUCAUCAAUCGUGACGCAUUCAUAUGGCUCAUAAGCUUUUUGGCAAUUACUGACAAACAAGUCUCAAAUCUCUCUAAAACUUUAUAACAUAUCAUGCUUUUUUUCUUUCACGUCUUGUGAACAUGUCAUCGAAUCGUUGUAAAAAGUGACCGCCCAAUACAUGUAUUAGUACUUCACAUUUGUCUUAUUCUCUUUAUGCAUCUUAAUGCGCUUACUUUUAUAAGAAUACCUAAAAAACAAAAAAUUAAACUACUUUGUGAAUCAACAUUGGAUUUCCUAAUUUCUUCUGUAAAAAACAGUCCAGUUCUUCUCUUUCUAGUGAAGUCCAAUGCUUUGUAGAAUUUCUUUCAUAUCAGCUUUCAAAAUAUUUUUAGCUUCUUGAUUUGUAUAAUAACAAAUUAUGAUAUUCACUUCUGCUGUUAGAAAUAAAUUCAAUAUUUCCACAAAUAUAUUUGAAAUAUUUCUAUACUUCGCAAGCCCAGGAUGUGCAUUAACUAUUGUUCUCUGUGAUCUGUUAAUCAUAAGAAAAGGUUUUCCAGAUUUUGACCUUAACUUCGAUACUGUUGGUUGUUCAUCUAUAAUUUCUUCAGGUUCAUGGUCUGGAUUUUCUUCACUUUUAAUUUCUAAAUUGUCAUCCAUUUCGGAAGUUAUUUCCCUAAGGUCGUCCUCCUCAAUGUCUGAAUCUUCAUCACUAAAAUAUUCGAUCUCAGACUCAUUUGAAUUUAAAUUAAUACCUUCUGCAAUGUCUUGAAGUUCCCUUUGUAUUAGGAGCUUAAUUUUAUUAAACCUCCUCAUCAUUUUUACGAAAAAAAUUAAGGAAACAGCAAAAGUUUGAUUUAAUAAACUGACCUUAAUACUUAAAAGGGAUACCAACGGGACCUCAAGCAAGUUUUUGACGUAUAAACACUAACCAAACGCUUAUAAAUGACACUCAGCGCCUACUGAAAAUAAAUGCAGAAAAGUGUCAUCCACACAUAUUAGGAAGCGUCGUUACCGGCGUUACUUAUUAAUAUAAAUAUAAUAGAAAAUGUAUUUUUGAAGCCUCUAAAUUACCUCGCUUGGAUACUCAAGGGUUCAACUAGUGUUGCAUCUAAUCAUGAUUGUUGACCUUAUUAAGUUUAAAAAUACUUUUGGCUCUUGAAUGGAAUUUUGAAUUGUUACCAAGAUUGUUCCUAAACAAAUUGUACUUUUUUUCAGGUGAUAAUUAAUAUCUCUAUAAGUGCCAGACGAUAUGUAGCCAAUAAAGCCAAUCUUGAAACAUUCAAUUUUUUUUAUAUAUAUAUUCAUCAAUAUUUAUGUUGUUGAAAGUAGUCAUCGAAAGUUUUCUUCUUAAAGUGACUUAAUUAUUACAAGUUUGGUCACAAGUCUCGAUUGAAUAGAUAUUUACCGAUCUCUAUUAUAUCAAUAUUUAGAUAGAAAUUGAAAUUUAGAUUGAAAAAACAGUAAGUUACAGAAGUAACCUACACGCUUCGCACCUAACGGCAUCAUUAGACCUGGUCAACAGCUUGUAAAAAUCGCAUUUUUAAAAAACAGCAACUUUAAGACGUGCACCCUCCGGAUACUAAAACAUUCAAAAAUCAAGAACUCAUUUAAGAAUAUUUCAGUAACGGUAAUCUAUCCGUAGUAUGCACGUCUUAAAAUUGAAAAUUUAAGUUGAGACUUUUGACCAACCUUGUAGUUUUCUUAUAAUAUUUAUGUUCUCUUCUAAGUAAUUCUUCCAGCACCUUUUCCAAUGUUUGAAUUUAUUUAUAGGGAGUUUUUGGUAUAGCCUUCAAUUUCUCAGGCGAUUCGGUCUUUAACAUCUUGCCUUUGAGGCUCUUUUCACUAAUGGAAAUUAAAAAAAAAAGUCGCAAGAGGCUAAAGCAUUUUUUUGUUUAUUCAACAUUUUAAUCUAUUGUUGAUGUGAUAGAACAUCCAUUUUAUUGGAUUUGCCAAAAACCUUUUUUUGAUAUUUUGACAACAUACAAGCGCUUUAUUUUGUUUUCUCUUGUCACACGUAUUUAUUAAAUGUUUCUUAAAUUACUAUACAUUUUUAAUUAAAGCCUGCCUUACAAGCGUAAUACCACACUAAAAAAAAAGUAAACCAAAUGGAACCCUCCUCGAAACUAAAUUUAUCUACAAAUUAAGGUUUCAAAUGAUUUGAUAACACAUUAUUAGGUUUUAGCUGUAAAUAUUUCUGUGGCAACUGAGGGUACCCACGUUGUAAUUCGGAACUGCUUUUGCAUAAUUUUCAUUCUUUGUAAAAACCGUUAGUGCCUAUCUAUAUUAUUGUGUAUAAGCGAUGCCGAUUUUUAAUACACUUUUAUUUAGCAAUUGUGUCGAAAAUCGACGUCAAAAAUGAUUUUCUAGAAUACCAAAAAUGUGCUGUUCAAAUUAAGUAUUGGUCUGGUUAAAGUGGGAGGUUAUCAUCUUCUUUAAACCAGCUUAGGGAGUUUAUAAAAAAAACUUAUAAUUUGACAUGUUUUGUAACGAAAUGGCAUUUUAUCAUAAUAAUUGACGUUUGUUAAUCUGUAACGGUCAUUUUUUACUAUUGCCUUGUCAUAAUAUAAGCUUUAGUAUUUUAAAAUACUAAAAGAUGUAAAUAUUAUUCAGUUUAUUGAUUUCUUGGACUGUUUUUACAAAUUUUAAUUAGUACAAAAUCAUUAUAAAGUGAUGUAAAUAUUGCGCAAGCUUUGUUAAUUGUUAGCAUUUACUUUUUGUACUUACGAAUAGUACUAAGUUGAGUUAAAUUUAAUUUUUAAUGAAAAUUUCGCUAUUUUUAAAUGAUCUGUUUUACGUAUGUUAAUUCUUGGAAAGUCUUUAUAGUCUCUUAGGAAGUAGUCAUGUAAUUUUUAGCCUCUUUUUUAUAUCGAACAAAUUAUAGGGCGAAUAGGCGUUUGCUGAAUACUCAAGGUUUAGUGGGUAAAAUAUUUACCAUUGCUAUUAACAGGAGUCAUUUAAGUUUCCAUUAUGUAUAAACAUAUAGUAUUUUGGAGUUUAUAGUAAUUUUUUGUUUCUGUUCAAUAAAAUCUUUUUUUUUUUAGUUUAAGUUUUCAACGCUUAUCAAAAGAAAGGCAAACAAAAUUGAAAAAAUGGUGGUUUAAAGAACUUUUGAGCAAACCUGAUAAUAAUAAAAUGGUUAUAGGUUACUACUUGUAUAUUUUAUUAGAAACUGUUUUUGUUUAUUGCACAGAUUUUUGAAACUUGUAUGGUAUUUUUGUAAAUAAAAAAAAACAUUUUAGAUUUA